AACUACUAUCAUUUAAUAUUCACGUGAUUUAUGAUUACAUUGUUUAAUAAAUUGUGUCUUUAAUAAACAAUAGCGCUCACACAGGAAAACUGCCCACGUUUCCGGUACUCUUGUUGCUUAACCUGGCAAUUUGACACAAGUCCCCUGAGUGGGACUUGUGACACUCCUCUCACAGCAUGGAAAACACACCUCAGUCCGGGCUCUACCUCUAGACUAACUUCCCACAACUUCAACUUCGGAUUAUGGAUUCCUCUACAAACAGUUUGGAUGACGCGUCGGCAGACAGCAGCGCUGAGUUCCCAGACCGAGCUUCCAUGAUGGAGGUGCGUCUGCAGGCGCAGGAGGAUGAGAUCACGCUGCUGAAAUCCUCACUGGCUGAUGCCCUGCGCAGGAUCCGCCUCCAUGAUCAGCUCUUACCAUUACUAAAACAGCAGCUCAUUGCAGUGAACCCAGGUGCUGCCAGAGUGCUGAACCAAGUCUGCUGCUCAGAUGGUUGCACCAGCAGCAGGAAACUGUCCUCCAGCUCAGCCGUCGAUGGGAUCUGCCACCGUGCUACCAGCCAACUGUCAGACAGCGUUGUGACCAAUGCGAAUGGCCACACAGAAAGUCCAGUGUCCAUGAAUUUGAGACCCAGGCCAGCAACACUGGACAGGUCAACCCAGACAGAGCCCAUCCUCCCAGGGCAGGACACUGGGCAGGAAAGGGCCCCUCUCCCAAGGCGGGUCCUGAGUCUAAAGCUGGAGGACGCCCUCCCUCCAGGGAAGCUGGAGGUUGAGGGGACGCGGGCCAAGCUCCACCGUGUCCCUGGCUUGGAAGAGGAGGAUGAGGAGCAGGAGGAAAAUGAAGAAGGAGGGGAGCCGGAAAAGGAGCUGAGCUGGACGUCGUCCGUGGAGGAGCCCAUUCAGCCCACCACGAUCCGAGGCCUCCAGAGGGACGACUGUCAGGAUGGAAGCUGUUCUCCAGAGGAGCUGGGCUCUGCCUCGGCCUCAGUCAGAACCUCGGACCAGAACCUCAGCUCCCGCUCUGGCCCCUUGACCCCCAUCCAGGAAGGAGAGAAGAAACCUUUGGUUCGUAGGAACAGCGAGAAACUGGGAAAUCCGGAGAGGCAGCGGAAACGUCUGGACAAGAAGGCGGCAUCCUCGGCCAACCUCCUCACCCGCUCCCCCAGCCUGGAGAAUCGAGCUAAGGAGCUGGUCACCGGUGCAGGAUCCCCCGGAUCCAGAAGAGGAACUUACAGCCAAGAAAUGUCAAUCAAAAUGUUCAUCCGAGGUCGGCCCAUCACCAUGUACAUCCCCACUAACAUCCACAACUAUGAAGACCUGAAGAUGGAGCCGCCCUCUGAGAGACUGGAGCUGGACUGGGUCUAUGGGUACCGGGGACGGGACUGCCGGGCCAACCUGUACUUCCUUCCAACGGGCGAGGCAGUGUACUUCAUCGCCUGUGUGGUUGUGCUUUACCACAUCAACAACCGCACACAACGCCACUAUCAAAAACACACAGAUUGUGUCCGCUGUCUGACCCUCCAUCCUGACAAGGUGCGCAUGGCGUCUGGCCAGAUGUCUGGGGUGGAUAAAGACGGCAAGCCCCUGCAGCCUUGUGUUCAUAUUUGGGACUCCAUCACCCUGGUCACCCUGCAGCAGAUCGGCCUGGGAACCUUCCAGAGGGGGGUGGGAUUAGUUGCCUUCUCCUUUGCUGAUUCUGGAGCGUUCCUGUGUGUGAUCGACGACUCUAAUGAGCACAUGCUGUCAGUGUGGGACUGCAACAAGGGGACCAAGCAUGCGGAGGUCAAGAAUACCAACGAAGCUGUGUUCGCUGUGGAGUUUAACCCAAGCGAAAGCGCCAACAUCAUCACCUGCGGCAAAUCCCACGUCUACUUCUGGACGCUCAGCGCAGGACAGUUCACCAAGAAACAGGGCAUCUUUGGAAAAUACAAGAAGCCCAAGUUCAUCCAGUGCUUUGUGUUCAGUCUGACUGGAGAUGUUCUCACCGGGGACUCUGAAGGAAACAUCCUGACGUGGGGAAAGUCCGCCGCAGACGUCAAAACGCUCGGCAAAGGAGCCAAAGAGACCUUCCAGAUCAUGAAACAGACCAGAGCCCAUGAAGGCAGCGUGUUCACCCUGUGCACCCUGCAGGGCGGCUCCCUGCUCAGUGGAGGAGGGAAAGACCGUAAGAUCGUCCGCUGGAGCGCCGACCUGGCACCCGAGAGAGAGUGUGAGAUUCCAGAGAAAUAUGGAGCAGUCCGUACCAUUGCAGAUGUGGAUGGGGAGGAACUAUUAGUUGGUACAACCCGCAAUGCCAUCCUCAGAGGCACCUUCUCAGACGGAUUUGUGGCCAUAGUGCAGGGUCAUGUAGAUGAGAUGUGGGGGCUGGCUACCCACCCCUCUCAGAGCAUCUUCAUCACCUGUGGCCACGACAGGCAGGUGUGUUUGUGGAACGCAGAGGAACACAAGCUGGACUGGUGCAUCACCCUGGAGGAGUAUGGGUUGUGUGCUGGUUUCUGCCCAAAUGGAUCAGUGGUUUCAGUCGGCCUCAGCACAGGAAGGUGGAUGGUCCUUGACCUGCGGACCAGAGAGGUAGUCUCUGAGUCCAUUGAUGGCAACGAGCAGCUGUCUGUCAUGAGAUACUCACCAGAUGGCAGCUUUCUUGCUGUUGGAUCCCAUGACAACUUUAUUUACAUCUACAGUGUGACCGAGAGUGGCCGGCGCUACACCCGCUUCGGGAAAUGUAAUGGCCACUCCAGCUUCAUAACUCACCUGGAUUGGUCCAAAGAUGGAAAGUACAUAAUGUCUAAUUCAGGCGACUAUGAGAUCCUUUACUGGGACAUAGCAGCCGGGUGUAAACUGCUGAGGAAUCGCUUUGAGAGCAAAGACAGAGAAUGGGCCUCCUAUACCUGUGUGCUGGGCUUCCAUGUCAUGGGUGUGUGGCUGGAGGGCUCAGACGGCACAGACAUCAACGCCCUGUGCCGCUCCCACAGUGAGAGGGUGGUGGCUGUGGCUGACGACUUCUGUAAAGUCCACCUCUUCCAGUACCCCUGUCCUAAACCUAAGGCACCGAGCCACAAGUAUGAGGGCCACGGCAGCCAUGUCACCAACGUCUGCUUCACCCACAACGACUCCCAUCUGCUCUCCAUGGGCGGGAAGGACACCUGCAUCCUCCAGUGGAGGGUGAUGAGAGGCGGGGGCAGCGACAGAAGGGAGAGACUGGCCUCGGCCGCCUCCACCUCCACCUCCACCAGCUCUCCAGAACUUGCCACCAGCUAGGAAGGAGCCCACGCAUUGUUACCAGUGACGGAGGGGGGGGGGGGAGGAGGCGUGCUAGUCAGUGGAUAGCAGUUACGGGCUCAGCCGGGCUUCUGCGCCGCCACGCCUGCGUCCGUUUCAUACUGAACAUGUCGAGGAAGCCUAUCGGGGAGGAAAGUUGACAUUACAUUUACACUUACACACCUCCAUUAACAUGUAGAUCCUUGUGAAACUGGACAGUAUGUGUCGUCCCUUAACACAGGGGUCAGCAACCUUUACCAUCACAAAAAAACAACAAAAAACAUCUGUCUAGGGCCCCAAAACUCAUUUAAGCCUUCCAUUUUUAGGGGGAUUUUAUCCAGUUCUUAAACAUACAAUACUGUAUGUCAUGUUCUACUGCUAGGGUCUCUCAAUCAAAACAAUGGAUGUAAAAGCAGUUUUGAAGUGGCGUGGGAUUAUGGGAGUUGUAGUUUUCAUUGUUUAACACAAUUGCCAAUUCAAAUAUAUCUGUUCACAGAUGGGUUUAUCCAUUACAGUUUUAUCCACGUUACAUUAAGUUAUGUUUACUAACGGUUAUCCACGUCAUUCUGAUAAAAUAGCUGCAGUUUCCUCCACAUAAUUACAUUUUCUUGAUUCGAUUUGUAUUGGUAGCGUUAGUUGACCAGUUAGCGAGCAAGCAACUGUGACAUUGUAUGAUUUACAAUUACUCUCGAACGCAUCAUCUGGGUUCCCGUGUUCUCUGGGUUUGAACGUUGUUGGAAACAUUUGGGAUAGUGUAAGUAGACAACUCAACAAAAUAUAACAUAGGUAAAGUCGUUUUUAGACAUUUUAAUGCAAAAAUGUUGCAUGUUACAUAUUGUACCUUUUAAAUAUACAGUGUUUAAGGCAAACAAAUCUGUCCAUUCACGAUUAUCUCCUGUUUUCCUUUGAUAUAUAUAUAUAGUCUACAAUGUAGUCUACGACGCAAUGACUGUUGACACAUUAAAACAUUUUUUUUCUUCUUUUUAUUCAGUUUAUAUUUUCACAAUCCGAGAAUGUAAGAAUCACAACAAUGAUAAAUUAAAACUAAAAUGUCAAAACAAAAAACUGUAUUUAAGAUAAGAUAAACUUUAUUGUCCCGUAGGACUAAUAAUAUAAAAAGAGAUCAUCCACUAUGAGAGGUACGGAAGAGGAUUAGGGCCACAUGUGAAAACAUUUAUUGAGUUCUGCGUUUUAAAGUAAGGAUUCUGAGAAAAAUGUCAGAAUUCUGACUUUAUUCUCAGAAUUCUGACCUUUUUUUUAAAACCUUAAAAAAAAAAACUUUUAUUCUAAAGAAGAAUAAUUCUUAAUUCUGCGAUUAAAGUGAAUUCUGGGAAUGAAGUCAGAAUCUCAAAAUUCUGACUUUAAACUCAGAACAGUGUGGCCCUAAUCCUCUUCCAUAGAGAGGAUAUUGCACAGGCCCUGAUUUAUUUCCAUAUCAUAUCAUUUUUGUCUAAGCCAGGGAGCCACUGGAGAGGGGCUGAAGAGCCACGUGUGGCUCCGGAGCUGCAGGUUGCUGACCCCCGCCUUGACACAUCAUCUUUGUUACUGUGUUGGAUAUGUGGUGAGGGUCAUCAGAGGUGGUCAUCUAUGUUUGCUGGGACAGAACAUGACUUCUAUGGUGACGAAGACUUGGGUUUCAGUGAACAUUCCUUGUGUUUUUCAUCCUUCUCGUUUAUCAACCUUACCAAAGUGCUACAUCGUUGAGUGUGCCAUUGGGCCUAUAAAGAUGUUUGCAUAAUGUUUUCACAUAUAUAUAAAUAUAUAUAUAGAGAUUUUUUUUAUAUAUAUAUUUUAAGGAUUAUUUGGUUGACAUCUCAGCUAAAAUUGAAGCUGUUUUUAACGCUUGCGUCAGACUGUGACAAACCUGUUCCAAUGAAAUCAAUUCUCAGCAUUUCUGACUAAUUAAUUUCUCUAACAGUAUAUCAGUACACUUGAAAAUGAUUACUUUAGUACAGUUUUAUAUAUUUAAGAGAACAUUGGGGAUACUGUGAUGUUGUAUCGGUCAAGCUCCCAAUAAAUAACUGAAAACUGGAAA